GCUGAUUACUUCCCUCAGGCCAUGAAGACUGCUCAGGUCCUACAGAGGAUGUGGGUCCAGGCUGUUAAAAAGUUGGGGAGAUUGAAAGACCAUGCCCCAGGCAUGGAAGAACUGAUAUGGGAACAGUACACUGUGACCCUACAAAAGGAUUCCAAAAGAGGAUUUGGAAUUGCAGUGUCCGGAGGCAGAGACAACCCCCACUUUGAAAAUGGAGAAACUUCAAUUGUCAUUUCUGACGUGCUUCCGGGUGGGCCCGCUGACGGGCUGCUUCAAGAAAAUGAUAGGGUCGUCAUGGUUAACGGCACCUCCAUGGAGGAUGUGCUCCAUUCAUUUGCUGUUCAGCAGCUGAGAAAAAGUGGGAAGAUCGCUGCCAUUGUGGUCAAGAGGCCCCGGAAGGUCCAGCUGGCCCCGCCUCAGGUCAGCCCUCCGCUCAAUGAGGAUGACCGGGCUUUUGAGGUGAUGGAUGAGUUUGACAGGAGAAGUGCCCAGAGCGGGUACAGUGAGAGGAGCCGGCUGCGCAGCUGGGAGGAAAGCCUGGAGAGAGGGCGUCCCCACGACCGGCCACGCAGCCGGGAGCGGGACCGGAGCCGUGGCCGGAGCCUGGAGCGGGGCCUGGACCAUGACGACUAUGGCCGAGCCCAAGACAGGAGCCGUGGCCGGAGCCUAGAGCGGGGCCUGGACCAUGAUGACUAUGGUCGAACCCGAGACCGGAACCGCGGCCGGAGCCUGGAGCGAGACCUGGACCAUGUCGACUAUGGCCGAGCCCGAGAAAGCAGCCGUGGCCACAGCAUUGACCAGGCCUAUGACCGGGCCUACAGCCCGGAGGUAGAGUACGGCUACAGGUCCCAGCGUGAUGUCCGGUAUGAGAUGUCCCGGAGCCGCAGCCGCGAGCACCUCCGCUCUCGCAGCCGCAGUCCCAGCCCGGAGCCGAGAGGCCGGCCAGACCGCUCAGGCCAGCUGGAACCAGAGAGGCCCAUCGGGGUCCUUCUGAUGAAAAGCAAAGCAAAUGAAGAGUAUGGUCUCCGGCUUGGAAGUCAGAUCUUCAUAAAGGAAAUGACUAGUACCGGUCUGGCAACUAAAGAUGGCAACCUGCACGAAGGGGACAUAAUUCUCAAGAUAAAUGGAACUGUAACUGAGAACAUGUCUUUAACGGAUGCUCGAAAACUGAUAGAAAAGUCAAGAGGAAAACUCCAGCUAGUGGUGUUGAGAGACAGCAAACAGACGCUCAUCAACAUUCCAUCGUUAAAUGACAGCGACUCAGAAAUAGAAGAUAUCUCAGAAAUAGAGUCAAACCAAUCAUUUUCUCCAGAGGAGAGACGGCACCAAUAUUCCGACUAUGAUUAUCAUUCCUCAAAUGAAAAGCUGAAGGAAAGGCCAAAUUCAAGAGAGGACGUGCAGAGCAGAUGGUCCAGGAUGGGCGCCACACCCACUCCCUUUAAGUCCACGGGGGAUAUUGCGGCUGCAGUUGGCACAGAGACCAGCAAGGAACCCUUAUGCCAAGAGGAAGCCCCAGCUCCUCCACCAAAACCAACACCAAGAACUUAUCUUCGUCCCAGUCCUGAAGAUGAAGCAAUAUAUGGCCCCAAUACCAAAAUGGUGAGGUUCAAGAAGGGAGACAGUGUGGGCCUUCGGUUGGCUGGUGGCAAUGAUGUUGGGAUAUUCGUGGCUGGCAUUCAGGAGGGUACAUCGGCAGAGCAAGAAGGCCUUCAAGAAGGGGACCAGAUACUGAAGGUGAACACACAGGAUUUCAGAGGGCUGGUUCGGGAGGAUGCUGUUCUCUACCUGUUAGAAAUCCCCAAAGGUGAAAUGGUGACCAUUUUAGCUCAGAGCCGAGCUGAUGUGUAUAGAGACAUACUGGCUUGUGGCAGAGGAGAUUCAUUUUUUAUAAGAAGCCACUUUGAAUGUGAGAAGGAAACUCCACAGAGCCUGGCCUUCACCAGAGGGGAGGUCUUCCGAGUGGUAGAUACCCUGUAUGAUGGCAAGCUGGGCCACUGGUUGGCUGUGAGGAUUGGAAACGAAUUGGAGAAAGGCUUAAUCCCCAACAAAAGCAGAGCUGAACAAAUGGCCAGCGUUCAGAAUGCCCAGAGAGACAAUGCUGGGGACAGGGCAGAUUUCUGGAGAAUGCGUGGCCAGAGAUCCGGCAUGAAGAAGAACUUAAGGAAGAGUCGGGAAGACCUAACAGCUGUUGUGUCGGUUAGCACCAAGUUCCCGGCUUAUGAGAGGGUUUUACUGCGAGAAGCUGGUUUCAAGAGACCUGUGGUUUUAUUUGGCCCCAUAGCAGAUAUAGCACUGGAAAAGUUAGCAAAUGAGUUACCUGACCUGUUCCAAACUGCUAAAACAGAACCGAAAGAUGCAGGAUCUGAGAAAUCCAGCGGAGUGGUGCGGUUAAACACUGUGAGGCAAAUUAUUGAACAGGAUAAACAUGCACUACUGGAUGUGACUCCUAAAGCUGUAGACCUGUUGAAUUAUACUCAGUGGUUCCCGAUUGUGAUUUUUUUCAACCCAGACUCUAGACAGGGUGUCAAAACCAUGAGACAGAGGUUGAAUCCAACUUCUAACAAAAGUUCUCGAAAAUUGUAUGAUCAAGCCAACAAGCUUAAAAAAACGUGUGCACAUCUUUUUACAGCUACAAUCAACCUAAGUGCAGCCAAUGAUAGUUGGUUUGGCAGCUUAAAGGACACAAUCCAGCAUCAGCAAGGAGAAGCAGUUUGGGUCUCUGAAGGAAAGAUGGAAGGGAUGGAUGAUGACCCUGAAGACCGCAUGUCCUACUUAACCGCCAUGGGCGCGGACUAUCUGAGUUGCGACAGCCGCCUCAUCAGUGACUUCGAAGACACCGACGGCGAAGGAGGCGCCUACACUGACAAUGAGCUGGAUGAGCCAGCCGAGGAGCCACUGGUGUCUUCCAUCACCCGCUCCUCGGAGCCGGUGCAGCAUGAGGAGAGCAUAAGGAAACCCAGCCCAGAGCCACAAGCUCAGAUGAGGAGGGCUACUAGCAGAGAUCAACUUAGGGACACUAGCCCACCCCCGGCAUUCAAACCAGAGCCGCCCAAGGCCAGAACCCAGAACAGAGAAGAGUCCUUCGAAUACUCCAGAUCCUAUGAAUACAAGUCAAACUCCCCCCCAGCUAUGGCUGGUCACGAAAUUCUGGGGGCAUCUGCCAAAGGUCAUCCUCCUCCCGUUGCAGCGAAACCUUCCUUUGGCCGGCCUAUACUGAAGCCCUCCACCCCGGUCCCUCCCCCAGAGAGUGAGGACACAGGAGAGGGCAGCGAGGGGCAAGAUAACACACCCAAGUCUGUCCUGGGCAAAGUGAAAAUAUUUGAGAAGAUGGAUCACAAGGCAAGAUUACAGAGAAUGCAAGAGCUCCAAGAAGCACAGAAUGCAAGGAUUGAAAUUGCUCAGAAGCAUCCUGAUAUCUAUGCAGUUCCGAUCAAAACCCACAAGCCAGACCCUGGCCAGUACACAAGUUCCAGACCCCCUGAGCCACAGAAAGGUCCUUCCAUACUCUAUCAAGAUGCCAGAGGAAGUUAUGGCAGUGACGUGGAGGAGGAAGAAUAUCGCCAGCAGCUGGCAGAACACUCAAAGCGUGGUUAUUAUGGCCAGCCUUCCCGAUACCGGGACACAGAGUUGUAGGUGUCUGAGAAUUGACUUUUCGUACCCAGCUGCCGCCACCUCAGAGUACCUGCGAAGCCACGGGAUGGUUCUUUCCAGUUAAAAUGCACCGUGGAGAUGUGCCGGGACCUGAGUUCCUGUCCAGGGGACAGCCAAGCAAAUUCAGAACUGAAGGCUCUAUUUGUGGGGCUGGGUCUGGGGAGGUUUUGGCUUUUUGCUCAGAAUUCAGAGAAACACUACAGUUUGAUACUGUUUCCUGCUUCAGUGGACCAAAAUCUGUAUUAAUUCUGUUUGCAUAUUUUUAACAUGUCUAUUAAGAAUUAAUAACUACUUUUCCUCAUUAAUAGCUGUCUUCAAGGACUGUUUCAAUGUGAGACAGAAUGUGAAAAAAAGAAUAGAAAUACUGUUGGACUCCAACUAAAUUCAAAGAAGUAUUUUAUUACAACUUUAAGUGCCUUUGAUGAGAAGUGUCUUAAAUUUUCUUCCUUUGAAGCUUUUUAUGCAAAGCCAUAAUGGACUAAACUUUUUGACUACAUUUUCAUACCAAUUUAAUAGCUAUAGUUUUCCCUGCACUGUGUCAUCUUUUCAAGGCAUUCGUCUUUGUAAUAUUUUCCAUAAAUUCUGACUGUAUGUAUAUAGCUAUUCUUGGUAGUUUGGCUACCAGUGUUAAACAGGUUGAAGACCAAGAAACUGGUAUAGAAAGUUUUUGUUUGUAUAAAACUAUGUGCUCCACAAAAGCAGAUACUCAAGACAAACACAAUUUCCAAAAGUGUGUGUGUUGACAACAGUUUUAUAAUGUAAUAAAAAGGAGGACAUCGCAAUCAACCAAUUUGCUUUGUGGUGGAUUUCUACACUGAUUCCUAUUUUUAAAUGCAACUUGUAUUUCAGUUAUUGAUCAUAUAAGUGAGGAUGUGCCCCUUGCUGAAAGUUGGAAUAUGGAGACAUAGGAAAAAAACAAAAUAAAAACUACCCGUAAUCUCA